UGGGAGGACAACACUUUCCCACACCAUGUCCUAUAUGUGUAGUCUCAAGGUGUGAGACCUCGGCUACAAGGCACAUGACGAAUGAAGCGGUGGGCCAGGCUAUCCAUGACGCAGCGGGACGUAAUCCGGAGUUGCUCUGCCUCGACUCGCCGUAUGGCAUGUUGAAUCCCCUCAUGGACCUCCAAUGCCACGGGCUACUGAGGGUUCACUGCCUGUCCAGUCCGGCUGUCGUUGAAGACAAGGAACCAAAAGAGAUUUACUGGACGAGUUAGGAAUCGAACCAAAGACCUUGUCAAUACCAGCGGAGUCGCAAUGCUAAUGACACGCUCUACCAACUGAGCUACACGCC